AUGGCGAGUCUUGACCCUCCUCCCAAGAAGACUGGCGGUCGCAAGCUCCAAAAACGCAAUCCAAACCUCAACCGCCUUCCCUCCUCCCACAUUCCCAGUCGCCUCCGCCUGGGUCCUGACGCUCAAGACGACGUGACUGCUCCAAGCAGAGGCAGAAAUGCUCCAGCUGCAUACAUGAAUCAGUCCAUCUUCUCCAUGAUUGCGGCGGCGGGGUCGCGGACAGACUUCAAUGCCAGAUUCAACGAUUCGAGCGAGAGUGAAGAUGAGAUUGCCGAGGAAGAACAAACAACAGCCCCGGGAGACAGACCGGAAGCGAGUACUUCGGCGCCCGUAAAGAACGAGCCAGCGAAAGAAGAGGAUACACAAAGUGAGCCUACAGACCAACGAUCGCCUGGACACCGGAUAGUGCGGUCUCUUCCGCGGCUGUCUGCCAGGGCUUUAAAACGCAAGGACAAGGACCGGCCUUCCCAACAGAGUGGCAGUCCCGACAGCGAUAAAACCUCGGAAUCCUCCCGGAGUAAUCCUCGGGAUGCGCCCGUUUUAAGUCGACUACUCAGUGCAGAAGCGGAAUUCCAAGAGAGUGGCGGCAAUGACACGCAGAGGGAGCCUGGGUCAGACGCCCAGCAACCCAGAACGAGGGCCGAAUCAUCACCUCAAACACUUUUGGCUGCAAGAUUGAUGGAUAUCUUUGGGUUUGACAAGCCAGAAACAGUCCUGGCGGAAUAUCCGUGCUGGUUGCUACAGAGUGUCCUACUACAGGGCUAUUUGUAUAUCACCAAACAGCACCUCUGCUUUUACGCCUAUCUUCCGAAGAAAUCGCACACUGUCGCCAAGAACGGGUACCUCGCAAAGAAAGGUCGGACCAAUUCCAAGUACAAGAGAUACUGGUUCUCAUUGAAAGGGGACGUCCUUUCAUACUACACCGACCCAUCCAACCUGUAUUUCCCUUCGGGGAACAUAGACCUCACGUUCGGCAUCUCUGCUGCUCUCUCCACUGAGAAGGGCAAACGCAAGGAGUGCAGGGACUUCUCCGUGACGACAGACCACCGCACAUACCACUUCCGUGCCGACAGUCCUUCAAGCGCCAAAGAAUGGGUGCAGGCCUUGCAGAAGACCAUCUUCCGAUCUCACAAUGAUGGAGACAGUGUGAAGAUAUCUUUGCCGGUGGAGAAUAUCAUCGACUUCGAAGAAAGUCCUGUUGUGGAUUUUGCCGAGACAGUUAAGAUCAGAGUGAUCGAAAGCGAAGAUUCCUAUGCCAUUGACGAGUACUUCUUUUCUUUCUUCAGUUUCGGCCAGGAUGCACUCCACGUCUUGGGCGAGUUACUCACCGAAGCGCCUGCAAGAAGGAGAUCGGAAGAUGUGUUCUCGCCAAUAAGACGAGCCGAGAGUCCGUCCAGCCCCCAAAGUAGGCCAGCUGAACUCGGGCCUGGGAGUCCUGGACGCCCUUCGACUCCGGUUUUGAAGGACAGCAUCAGAGCAACCUUGCUACCGUUUUCCCCUGGUGGUGAUGGCAGAAUGUCCCCCAGAAAGAGUGGGGAGCUGAGCCGUGGAGCUAGUCCGUCGCGAUCAAGUGGCGAGCUUCCGCGUGAAUAUGGUCGAGCCAGCUUUGAACGGGGCCGCAGAAGUGGAAGUACCAGUCGUCUUGAGGUGAGCGCCUCUCGACGCAAUGGCAGGUCCCCCCUUGCGAGGCAUCACGAUUCCGAAGAUUCCUAUGUCCCCUCCAUCGACAAAGAGACGGAUUCAUCCACAGCACCAUUAUCGCCGAGAGUGGAAGCCCAAAUGUCUGCUAGCCAGAUCCUGACUCGCAGCGAUGUGUUUCAUUCUCGACCGGCCAAUCGAAUGGAGACAUUGGCUUCGGUCUCCACGGAGCCUACGCGAACAUCUUCGGACGGUGGCACCAUUCUUUCCAGUUCACCACACCGGGAGGCAGCCUCGCCUAGGGCGGUGCGAGGCAUGGCUGACGUGACCGGACAUUCUCCGCGAGGCGCUCGAGCACCAGUGCACAACGAAGCCACAUUCCCCGACAACGACAAGAAAGUGGGCAAAGAUGACCCGUCACCCGCGCUCCAGGAUCUGGUCAAAGCAGGGACGUAUCCUCUUCAACGUGCAGGUGCCUUUGCCUAUUAUCUCAAAAAUCGAUCCGUGUCGAUGAGGAAGCUGUUGGCAGAGGAAUCCAUGUCGUAUCUGGAGAAGGUAUCGGGGAUGUGGGCCGGUGGCAGAAAGCACUACGGGGAGAACGAAGGAAUCGUGCCUGAGGAUCGGGGUAUCGACCCGGAGGAUGAAGAAGCCAACGUGGGCCACGGUGAUCGAUUUCGUGCACAUUUCGCCUUGCCUCCCACCGAGAGAUUGCAGGCGACCUACUUUGGCUUCCUACACCGUGUGCUGCCGUUAUAUGGUAAGAUCUACAUCAGCAACCGGAAAUUCUGCUUUCGGAGUCUCCUUCCUGGUACACGCACGAAACUGGUCCUGCCCUUGAAGGACAUUGAGAAUGUGGACAAGGAGAAGGGGUUCCGUUUCGGGUACCACGGCCUGGUGCUGGUCAUCCGUGGCCACGAAGAAUUAUUCUUCGAGUUCAGCUCGGCGGAGCAUCGAGACGACUGCACGGUCACACUCUUACACAGCUUGGAGACUGUUCGAUACAUGGCCGAGUCUGGACUGCUUGGACAGCAAGACGAGGACGAUGCAGAGGCCGCCAGAGAAGAACACCGCAUGCUUCAGGAAGCCCGCCGCAACUCGGGUGGAGAGCAUCAACUUGUGCUGCCCGACACUGCGGAAGCGAUCUACAGUCACGCCGAAACUUCAGCUGCUUCGAUGGGUGACCCCGGUGCCUCGAUCAUCAACUUCCGCCCAAGUGCGCCAAUGCGAAUUACGUGUCUCACGAUCGGCUCCCGAGGGGACGUGCAACCCUACAUUGCUCUGUGCAAAGGCUUGUUGGCCGAAGGGCACCGACCGCGAAUUGCAACGCACGCGGAGUUUGGCCCUUGGGUCCAAAAGCAUGGCAUUGACUUCCGGCCGGUGGAGGGCGAUCCUGCGGAGUUGAUGAGGAUCUGCGUGGAGAAUGGCAUGUUCACUUACUCCUUUCUACGGGAAGCCUCGGUCAAGUUCCGCAGCUGGAUCGACCAACUACUCACAUCAGCGUGGCGGGCGUGUCAAGACAGCGACCUGCUGAUCGAGUCACCGAGUGCGAUGGCAGGCAUCCAUAUCGCCGAGGCCCUUGGAAUUCCGUAUUUCCGGGCCUUCACGAUGCCGUGGACUCGGACGCGAGCGUAUCCUCAUGCGUUCGCGGUGCCGGAGCACAAGAUCGGCGGGGCUUACAAUUACUACUCGUAUGUCAUGUUUGACAACGUGUUCUGGAAGGCGAUUGCGGGACAGGUCAACCGGUGGCGCAAGAAGGAACUGGGCCUGCGCAGCACCAACCUGGACAAGAUGCAGCCCAACAAGGUGCCCUUCUUGUACAACUUCUCGCCUCAUGUGGUGGUACCGCCCCUGGACUACAGCGACUGGGUGCGCGUGACGGGAUACUGGUUCUUGGACGAAGCGCAAGACUGGCAGCCCACCGAAGAACUGACGGCGUUCAUCCGGAAAGCUCGGGACGACGGGAAGAAGCUGGUGUACAUCGGCUUCGGGUCGAUUGUGGUGUCCGACCCUGCCGCACUGACCAAAACCGUGGUCGAGUCGGUGAUGAAGGCGGAUGUGCGGUGCAUCCUGUCCAAGGGCUGGAGUGACCGACUGGGUGACCCGACGAGGGCGGUCAAGGCGGAAGUCCCGCUCCCGGCGGAGAUCUUCCAGAUCAAGUCUGCACCACAUGACUGGUUGUUCCGACAGAUUGACGCCGCGGUGCACCACGGAGGCGCCGGGACCACUGGGGCCAGUCUGCGGGCUGGUGUGCCGACCGUGAUCAAGCCGUUCUUUGGCGACCAGUUCUUUUUCGGAUCGCGCGUCGAGGAUCUGGGCGUGGGGAUCUGUCUGAAGAAGGUCAACGUCAGCUUGUUCUCGCGCGCCCUAUGGGAAGCGACGCACUCGGAGCGAAUGAUUGUCAAGGCACGACUACUCGGCGAGCAAAUCCGGAAGGAAAAUGGAGUGCAGACCGCCAUUCAAGCAAUCUACCGAGACCUCGAAUAUGCCAAAUCUCUGAUCAAACCACGUCCAGCAGGGCCAGGGACAUCGGCGAGCGCAACCGGCGAGCCGGACGAUGGCGGCGACAUCGAAGAGAACUGGACGUUCAUUGGCGACGAGAGCGAUCCGGAGAUGCAACGACGCAUCCAAGACUGGGAGUCGCCGAGACGAGGUCGAGCUGGGCCUCGUUGGAGUAUGGAUUCCCCUGCUCCGGCAACAACACCAGGUCCGGCGGCAGCGGCGGCAGCGCCAGCAGCAGGGUUGCGGGCCAUGCAACGGGUGGAACCGGUGAGGAAGGGUAGGUAG